AUGCUCCUGGCACUGUCAUUUUCGCCUCUACUUACCGCUGCUCAGACCGUUGUCUCUAUGAGCGACCUCUCCUGGACUGUGACUAAUCCAAAUGAUACCAUUUCUGUCCCAGGCAAUGUACCUUCCCAGGCACAUCUCGACUUGUAUAAUGCGCAAGUGAUCGGCGAUCCGUACUAUGGUCUGAACGACUUCAAUCUCAGAUGGGUCGCCGAGACUAAUUGGACGUACUCUGCCAGCCUGUCUGCUCUGAACCUGUCCACGAAUGCUUCCACUUGGCUAGUCUUCAAUGGUCUUGAUACUUUCAGCACCGUCACAGUAUGCGACCAGGUCAUUGCAAGCACAAACAAUCAAUUCCGACAAUACUAUUUCGAGGUGACCCAAUCUCUCAGUAAUUGCACCUCACCCACAAUCAGCAUCGAUUUCGGAUCGGCUCCUAAUAUUGCAGACGCUCUGGCAAAUACUUCGCUCAACGAACCUUGGCCUUAUGGAACACAAAUGACCUAUGAGUUCCCAAAUCGCUGGUUCAUUCGAAAGGAGCAAUCUGACUUUGGUUGGGACUGGGGUCCAGCUUUCGCUCCAGCAGGUCCGUGGCAGCCAGCCUACAUUGUCCAGCUAGGCUCGAACAAGCUAUAUGUACGCAACACCCUACUCGAUAUCUAUCGCCAGGGACAGGUCAACAAUCUGCCUCCGGAUCAGACACAGCCCUGGAUUGUCAACGCUUCGCUUGAUGUUCUCGGUACGCUGCCACCAAAUGCCGGGUUGCGUAUCGACAUCAUAGAUGCCAACAACAACACCGCAGCCAGCAGUAUUGCCAGCAAUGUCACAUCAUCUGGCGGAGCUAUUAGCGGGAGCAUCAGCGUCGAGAACAACUCGGUCGAUCUUUGGUGGCCAAAUGGCAUGGGCACACAGAAUCUAUACUAUGCCACAGUCACUCUCCUGGGUUCCAGCAACAAUUCAAUUGCCACGUCGACUGUUCGUACCGCUUUCAGGACUAUCUUGCUGAACAUGGAGGCAAUAUCGCAGCAGCAAAUAUCACAAGGAAUCCAAAACGGCAACAAUUGGCACUUCGAAAUCAAUGGCCACGAAUUCUACGCCAAGGGAUCGAACUUCAUACCACCGGACGCUUUCUGGCCGAGAGUGACUUCAGCACGAAUUGAACAAUUGUUCGACUCAGUUGUGGAUGGCGGUCAAAACAUGCUGAGAGUCUGGGCGUCCGGAGCCUACCAACCGGACUUCAUCUACGACAUUGCGGACGAGCGAGGAAUCUUGCUCUGGUCGGAGUUCGAGUUCAGCGAUUCGUUGUAUCCGGUGGCCUCUGACUUCCUAGACAACGUCCGCGAAGAAGCAAACUACAACGUCCGACGCGUCAACCAUCAUCCCUCGCUGGCACUCUGGGCUGGCGGCAAUGAACUGGAAAACCUCGAGCUGCAGAUCGCCAAUGAGAGUGACCCGGGCAACUAUUCGCGAUGGCUGCACGAGUACGAAACACUUUUCCUAGGUGUGCUUCUUCCAGCCGUCUACGAGAACUCGAGAUCCAUCUCAUAUAUACCUAGCAGUACGACAAACGGGUAUCUGACCCUGAAUCAUUCAGCGCCCGAACCUAUGGUCGAGCGCUACAACAACCUGACGGCAGGCUCCAUCUACGGCGACACCGAUCACUACGACUACGAUAGCAGCGUGGCCUUCAAUCUCUCCUCGUACCCCGUAGGCCGCUUCGCCAAUGAAUUUGGGUUUCACUCCAUGCCAUCUCUCCAGACCUGGCAGGACGCUGUUGCCCCGAAGGAUCUGUCCUUCAACUCUAGCACAAUUCAGCUGCGCAACCACCACUACCCCUCCGGCGGGCUGAAUACGUCCAACUUCGCCAAUUCGACAAUGGGCAUGGGCGAGAUGACCAUCGCCGUGCAACGGUACUACCCUGCGCCUAACAAGAGCGACUCACUGGCCAAUUUCUCAUCAUGGUGUCUAGCAACGCAAAUAUUCCAGGCGGAUUUCUACCGCAGCCAAAUCACCUACUACCGCCGCGGAUCGGGUAUGCCGGAGCGCCAGUUGGGGAGCCUGUACUGGCAACUCGAGGACAUUUGGCAGGCGCCCACGUGGGCAGGGAUCGAGUAUUCUGGUAGAUGGAAGGUACUGCAUUAUGUAGCGAAGGAUGUGUACUCGCGGGUGAUUGUCGCGCCGUACUGGAACUACACCACAGGCGAUUUGACGGCAUAUGUGACGAGUGAUUUGUGGGAUGUGGUAAGCGGGACGGUGGAUAUGACUUGGUAUGACUGGAGUGGGAGCGUGCUGGACAAUACGAAUACAAGCACGAGUGUGCCGUUCACGGUGGGCGCACUGAACACGACGAAAGUCCUUCAGACCAACACCAAUACUCUGGCUCAGACGAUUGAUUUGACUAACGCGGUGUUGCGGCUCAACUUGACUGCCACGGGAUACUUACCCAACAACUCGACGCUGACGACGUUCACGCACGAGUUCUGGUUUCAUCCUGUCUUGUCGCUUGCCGAUGCGAGACUUGUGGAUCCGGGACUGAAGUUGACGUUUGGGAAUGAUACUGCCAAUCCGAGCUGGACGGUCGAAGCGACGAGUGGUGUCAGUGCGUGGAUGUGGUUGGAUUUCCCGUCCGGGGUGGUGGGGAACUUUGAUAGUAAUGGGUUCUGGCUUGUUCCUGGGCUGCCUAGGACCGUGAUGUUUACGGUGAAGAAUGAUACAACGCAGGGAGAGUGGGUGAAGAAUGUCACUGUUAGUAGUUUGUGGGAUUUUACGACGCCAUGA